UUAAAUAUUUUUUAUUAACAACAAAUCAAAACAGAAAGUACAUAAGGGAACACAAGUAUAUAUAGAUUAUAUGAGGAUUGGAUCAACUCUGCAUGUCGUCGCCUGCUGCCUAGCAAAACAAGUUCACCCAUUAGUGUGCCGACUCGCCGAUGUUGCUUGCAUCUUUUUUCCAACAUUAUUCGUAUUUUUUCUUCCAGCUUCAGAUUGAUUUGAUUUUGUAGCGAGUAACGAAGGUGUCAUGGGAAAUGAAUCGGAGUAAAAUUAUGGUUUUUGUGUUUUUUUAUGUAGGGAAGUAAAGUAAAAGUCGACAGAAAGAGUAAAGUACAGAUACCCCAAAAAACGACUUAAGUACAGUAACGAAUUAUUUCAACUUCGUUACUUUACACAACUGAUUUUCAUUUGUUUUCAAUCAAAUAUAUUUCAAACCAUACUUUGCAUACUGUACAUGCGCUACACUCAAAAUGAUCAAAUCAAUAUUACAUUGUCUCGAAACAAGAAGGCACCAUUCACAGUUAGCUCGUUUAAUCUGUUUAAUUGUCUCUUUCAUAAAGUCAAUGAGCUGUAAACGUAUGGACAGUACCUGGAAUAAAAAAACAUUAAUGAUGCAAUGAUUGUGUCGAGGAGAGGGUGGGGUAAGUGUUAAUUUUGUAUGUGUGUCACAUGGUUAAGGUGAUUAGGCCAGGGGAGGGGGAAGUGUGUUGCAAAUGACCUCCUUGAGAGAUGAAAAUGUCUUGUCUUCCAAGGGAACACCACAUCCCACUAUUCCAACUUUCUCUUUUUAGAGUUUGGUAUAAAAACGGCACUGCUGACCUCCAGUGUCAGAGCUCUAUAGCAAGAAACAUAUCUUAGAUCCACAAGUUAUUCAGUCACAGAGACAGGACCAGACCAAGACUAGAGCAACCGACACAGAGCUAAACAACAGAGAAAUGUCAAUGGACUGCAGCAUUGUAGGAGAUCGGGCAGUGAGGAAGAGGAUAUUUCCCUCCCUGAUACACUUCCCUUUGUUCCAUUUCCAUUGGCUCCUGCCUUGAUGUAAUCAUUGGGAUGCCAGAGGUCAAGACAAUGCCGCACAGACGGGUGCUAGGACCAUGGGGCGCAGGAAGAGAACUAUCUUCACCAAAGAGCACCUGAAGCUUCUGCGGGUGGAUUUUGAUGUUGAUCCCUACCCAAGCAUUGCCGUGAGGGAGCGCCUAUCCCAGGCCACUGGCCUAACAGAAUCCCGCAUUCAGGUGUGGUUUCAGAACAGGAGAGCCAGAACAAUGAAUCACAGGGAUCACAAACUCUCCCCUCAGCCAGAGUCGGCUCACCCUAUCCCCAGUCCCUUUCUACCUACACAGUCUUUCUCCAAACUCCUCCAUGGGAUCAAAGAUGUGACCCACCAGGUCGACAUAGAGGAAGUCUCUUAUUACCAGCCGCUGAGCCACAGCCAGAUGAACGAGGAGGACUGCUUCUACGGUCCCUCAUCUUGUCCCCCCACCUUCCCGCUCUCUCCAGGGGAUGCCGGAUACAGCAGUCCCUCAUUCAGUGUGGGAGUGAGACAUGACAGGUUCCUGGGCACUAUCUCUCCAGGUGCUUUGCCAGAAGCUCAAUGGUCCACCGUUGCCCAGGAGUUCACGUUUGGCUCCCAGGGGGAGGGCCAGGCCUUCCGCUACUCACCUCCAUCUGGACUUCCUCAUCCCCAGUACGCCCACGGCGGACUCCAGUCCGUUCGUGCCAGCAGUACCUUCGACCAGUUCUCAAAUUGCCCUGCCACACCGGACUCGGCCUGCUGGGACAUAGGACUUGAGAACACAUAUCCCAUAGACCAGGGUUUCCUGUACAGGGAAGUCUCCGACGAGUACUCAAGUCCUUCUGGGCUCUUUGAUGUUAUGCAAGAAGCCCCACUACCUGAACUUCCCAGUGUGUGGUAGACUUCUUUGAGCAGAUGGAGUAGAGUUCAGUUGCAGGACCAGUAAACACCCCUACCAUAUUCAUAAGUCUUCAAUGGAAAGGGUUGCCAACACUCCAGGUUUGAAUAGGUCUAGCUCUUGUAAGAAGUAGUGCUGUUCCGGGACGGUUUCAAUGAAACAAAUAAUGAACAUUUUAAUUAUGUCGAUGGACUUAUAAUCAAUCCCAGAAUGAGUUCGGCAACAUUAAGGCAGACCUGAAUGUAUUUGCCAUGUACAAUAGGACUGUUGCAUGAAUGAACAUAGCUGCUGUGUUAUGUAGGGAGUUAAUUUACUACUAUAAUAUAGGGUUAAUCUAUUUAUUUUUAAAACAUGUAAUUAACCAGGGGAGUCAGUUAAGAAAAACUCAUAUUUACUGGCUAUAAAGGGUGUAUAAUAAUACAUUGACAAUUUAUUUUACAUAAUGUAUCACUAUUUACUCCAA